UCUGUUCUCUCCAGCUCACUCUGCCCUUCACUUCAAGUUGUUACUAUGUUAGCAAUGCAACAGCGCAAUUCUUCCUACUCUCUUACACGCCAGCAGCAGCCACAGCAACAACAAGAGCCAUCUAGCUUCUCCCCAGACCCAAAGUCCAGCCCGCCACUAGCUGCCAUUGCAUCAGGCCCGAGCUAUCCUAGCUAUUAUCCUGGGGACUACUACAGUAGUAGCACCUCAUCACUCUCUCUCCCAAAUCCCACCUCAUGCAGCUCAGCAAGUUCUCAUUAUCACAAUAGCUAUGGCUACACUCCAGGAUCAGGCUCUUACUACUCCCCCACUGCUCUCACACCUUACCAGCACCAGCUCCAAAGACUCUCUGCAGCAUCUUUCCCAACGGCAUCUUUCCCAGCAGUUGGAGGAGGAGGAAGCUCAUUCAGUCGCUACCCCUCAUCAUCGUCUAGCUCAAAUUACCCUCUCAGCACUGAUGGACUCUCGUACGGAGUUGAAUCCCCAACAGAGUCUCCAAACUCUCCAAUCCCUUGCAGCCCCCAGCAGUCUCCUUCCCCUGCCUCUUAUUCUCCUCCUCCUCCUCUCGGCUCGGGAGAGGGUCAGACGGCCACAUCUCUAUAUGAGGCCACUGCCUCUACUCCCUCUCCAGUCUACUACCGCUCCACCUCCUCCUACUCUUCGUACUAUUCCUCGAUUCCAAUGACAUCGUGUUCAUCGUCUUCAGUUGAGUCCCAGAGCAACAAUUACAAUUACUCCUCUCUCAUCAGCACUGGGGACGGUUCCUCCUCCUCCUCCUCCUCCUCUUGCUAUGCCUCUAAUGCCGUAGCUCCAGGGGCUUCAGCUACGAUGCCUUUCAGUUACACGGCUUGCAAUUAUCCCGCAAAUACAACCACUGGGUAUUUCGCUUCACCUUACCCUCUUACAACCAGCGACUAUUCAGCUUAUCCACAAUCUACUGCCUUUGGGCUUGGGAACACAUCCUCCCUCACUCUCUGGAAUUAUCCAUCAUUUCAAGUCAAUCCAGUGUCGAAAGUAUCUUAUGAUUCCCCACGUUACAAGCUGACGCCAGAGCGAGCCAUACCUCUUAUCAAAUGGUUUGAAGAGCACAAGGACCAUCCUUAUCCAUCAAGACAUGAGAAGAUGCUCCUUUGUCAAUCAACUCAACUCACCUUUACCCAGGUCUCCACAUGGUUUGCAAAUGCAAGGAGGAGGAUGAAAAAAGCUGCUCAAGACGACGAAGACAUUGAUGAAGAGGAUGGAACUGAUGAUCAAAUGGCGCCAGUGGAAGUACUGAAAUCAGACUGACCUAGUGCAAGUAGCUACUGAUGGAGCUAUAGACUAUUUAUUGUGUGUGCAUGUGUGACAGUAAAAGCAUCUCCACAUUAUUGAUUCCAAGAAGAGACUAAUAACACAAACUUCACAGACACAAAUUCUUUUUCUGUAUUGCUUUUGUGUAGACAAUUAAAUUAUUUUUUUU